GCCCCCACUCCUCGGUCCUACCUGUUCUUCGGUACAGCGCUGUCCUCACCGUCUUCUCCCCCGGGGCUGGCAUCUUUAGUGUUGGCACCCGGCUCUGGUUGCCCACUGCACAUGCAUGAGAAGUGCUGCAUUUUGUGAAUGGUCCGCCAGUCUUCUGGGACCUGUCACGUGUCCACAGUGUUUGGUCAUCUCCUGUGCUGUGUCCACAGUCUCUGGUCAUCCCCUGUACUAUGUCCGCAGUCUCUGGUCAUUACCUGCACUGUGUCCGCAGUCUCUGGUCAUCUCCUGUACUGUGUCCGCAGUCUCUGGUCAUCUGCUGUACUGUGUCCGCAGUCUCUGGUCAUCUCCUGUACUGUGUCCUCAGUCUCCGGUCAUCUCUUGUACUAUGUCUGCAGUCUUUGGUCAUCUCCUGUACUAUGUCCGCAGUCUCUGGUUAUCUCCUGUACUAUGUCUGCAGUCUCUGGUCAUCUCCUGUACUGUGUCCGCAGUCUCUGGUCAUCUCCUGUAUUGUGUCCGCAGUCUUUGGUCAUCUCCUGUACUAUGUCUGCAGUCUCUGGUCAUCUCCUGUACUGUGUUCGCAGUC